UAGUGCAACAAAGGCCAUCAGACCAGCUUCUUAACACUCGGAGUUGUGGCUGCUGCAGCUUGAGUGGAGGCCUAUACGAAGGAGGAGGAGGAGGAGGAGCUGUUCUGUAGGCCUUAGGCAGCGAAGAGCAGACUAAGAUGGUGAUGGUUAAGGAAGAGAUGCGAAAGGGGUCAUGGACGGAGCAGGAGGACCUGCAUCUGGUAUGCUUUGUGCGAUUAUUCGGUGAACGUCGUUGGGAUUUCAUAGCGAAAGCAUCAGGUCUCAACAGAACAGGAAAGAGCUGCCGCCUGCGCUGGGUCAAUUACCUUCACCCCGGUCUCAAGCGAGGCCGCAUGACCUCCCAAGAGAAGCGCCUUGUUCUUGAGCUCCACUCUCUCUGGGGCAACAGGUGGUCUCGGAUUGCGCGUAAACUUCCCGGACGCACCGACAAUGAGAUCAAGAACUACUGGAGAGCGCACAUGAGAAAGAUGACCAAAGAACGAAAGCGGAGCUCAUCGUCGUCGCGUGUUGAUCAUUCCCUGGAUCUCACUGAGCUUCCACUAGAGGCAGCGGCGGAAGCUCAUGAUCUAAAGAGCAGUAGUGCCUGCAGCUGCUUAACUGCCGAGGAGUUUGAGAAGAAGGAGGAAGGCGUGGCAAGUUACCCCAUGGAUCAGAUUUGGAAUGAGAUUGCUACGUCUGAGGUGAUCAAAGAGGUGAGCUUCGAGGACUCGUGCCCCUUAAUGCCGUCGUCUCCUACGUGGGAAUGCUGCUCUGAGGCAGUGUGGAAGAUCGAUGACGAAGAGCUCAGGAUGCUACUUCAGACCCAUCAUCUGAUCUCUGACCAUAACGAUGGUGGUCGUGAAACUUGUAGCUUAGCCCAGCCUGAUCAGUACUAGUUCUCUCCAAUGUACUCCUGAACAGUAUCUAUGGAGCUACUUCUCUUGUCCAUAUUGUUGCUCGUUUCCCUUCAAGAUGUGCAUCGGUCUCUUCUCCCUGUAAUUUUCACUCUUUCUUUAUAAAAACCUCGUAUGAAGAA